AUGCUUCCAUCAUAUUCAACAAUUUUCCUGGCCAUAUACAUCCAAUCUCAAGCCUCCAAUGUCGCAGCUUUGGUUAUACCCGACUAUACCUUGGACAACAGAAAUCUUCACGAUGGAGAAGAGUCCCCAGAUCACAUUUUUGCACGAGAUAACGCAGUGAAGUUGUUAUUCCAAGAUACUGAGAACGAUGAAAUGAAGUUCAUUUCGCAGCCUCUUGGAACCAAGUUAGAUGAGCUUGGAGAUUACACCUUUAUGAGUCCUGCUGGAUCUGGAGUCACAGUAUAUGUCCAUGACAGUGGCAUCAAUCUGCAACACGAUGAGUUUACUCAAUCAUUCCCUGGGGUGCGAAAAGGCACCGUUGGGCGGCUAUAUCCCUAUAGGUCAAUACUCGACCCCCAACCGACAACAGAUACAUCUGGGCAUGGAACCUGUGUCGCAGAUAAGAUAAUAGGUCAUAAAUUCGGAGUGGCUAAGGGGGCUGAUCUCCUUAUGGUGCCGUGGAUCAAUGUAAAAGACGAGAAAUGGAUUCAAGCAGGGUUGAGAGCUAUCAUCAACGAUAUCAAAGCAAAGAGGAAAAAGAACUCAAAUUUUGUGGCAGUUGUGAACUUCAGCUAUAAACUUGGAACAGCAAAUGAUUUAGGUGACCAACUAGAGACUUACCGAGCUCUAUAUAAGGAGAUCUACGACUUGGACGUUGUCAUGGUAUUUGCUGCAGGGAAUGAUGGAGACUUUGGCCGGACUGAAGUGGACCAUUAUCCUGCGCUCUUGGCUAAAGAAUUACCGAACGUUAUUGUCGUUGGGUCAGUUGAUGUCAAUGGUUACCCAUCGAAGUUCACUGAGGGUGGAUCCCUAGUGCAUAUCUCGGCUCCAGGAGCACUUAACAGCAAAAUUGGAAUCGAGUGCGCUCAGGGGACAGGAAAGUCUAGUACCUGGAAACUAGAAGGCACUUCAAUUGCUGCGCCGACUGUUGCCGGGUUUGCAGCAUAUUUGAUGUCGUUUGAAUCCGCAUUACGAAAGUCAGGAUCUGUGGCAAAGAACGUGAAAGCAAGAAUUCUCAGACUGGGCUAUAUACGUGCGAUUGGGGAUCUAGAGGGUGUGCCACCUGUGCCUGCUAUUUGGAACGGGCUACAAGGAUCGCCAGCUUGUUAA